AUGUCUAACCGCCAACCUCGGAUUGAGCUCACCCCAGUUAUCCUAGGCAUCGACAUUGGCAGUACCAGCCUGAGAGCUGUCCUCUGGGAUGCAAAGAGGCCAGACAAGGAGAGCCCGGUCCUGGGUUCCUACUCCAAGAAGGCACCUCAACGUUAUGAGAAGGGCGACUUUGACACAACUUGCUGUGUUGACAUCAAUGGUCUUUCCUACCGUAUACCUAUUCCCGAAAACACCGAACUCAUCCGAGCAAAAGCCCUCAUGUACGUUCUGUGCGGUACUCAGCUUGACAGGCAACGUAUCUUCGACCAGUCUCCCAUACUGGCAAGUCUGGAAGAUUACCGAGGGCGAUCCUUCCUCGACGACGCCAUCAUAUCAGUACUGAGUGACAUAUUUCGAGCCUUGCAUCGCCGAAUCGAGCAUGUAUGCAAGCAGUACGGCUAUCGGAUCGACGCAAUCGCCAUGUCGGUUCCCACGCAAUGGACGGAGAAGUUCGAGCUCACUUAUCGGAGCAUUGUGUCGAAUACCUUCAACUUCCCAAGCGAUCAGGUUUGUAUCUACACCGAAACUCUGAGCCUUAGUCGAUACCUGAUCGGAAAUCAUGCGGCACUUCUGGGGCUGGGUUUGAAUACCAUGAUUUUGAUCUUGGAUUUUGGUGGUCACAGCCUGAAUUACUGUACUCUCUUUGCGAAGCAGGACCUAUUCCAAGAUGAGCAUGCGGCUUAUUUUCGCUGUGGCGAGGCAAGAGGGUUUGCAGGUGGGAGCGAAAACUGGGAACAUGAGCUUUGGAAAGUAGCCCUGGACAAGUUGAGCCAGGGAGGCAAAGUCGUCCAAGCCAUGAGUAAGAACUACGUGUGCGACCGCCUAAACGAGAAGAAACGGGAAUUUUAUAGCGGAAAGGAAACGUCAGACAUGACAAUCACUUAUCAGCAGAUCCGCAUCGCAAGCGCCGUUGUCGACAGGAAGUACGAGGAGACGAUCGGUCCGCUUGUGGUCAAGGCGUUGCGCAAGAUCAGGAAGUUUGUCUUACAUGUGAACAAUCUCGGGUUCGAGGUGGAGAAGAGGGUCAUUGUGUCCGGGGGCACGUCCAAGAUUCCGAGGCUCCAGCGGAAGCUAGACGAGCUCGUCAUCCGAGAGUCACCUCAGAUCACAACGCGGCGCGCGGCCCGUCCUGUAUCGACCCCCGAGUACAUGCAGCAAUACGGUAUAGGAGAGAUAGUGCCAUGUCUGGCAGAGCAUGAACUACGCUUCGUCGAGGAGUGCAACAUUUCAAAUUCCUCCUCCAAGAUUGCUCAGGGUGCAGCCAUCAUCGCAGGGUCCUCAAUGACAGUUCCUAAGUACCUUGAGCAAGGCGCAGUGUUUGGGUUUCAGCAGAAGCGACGAGGACAAGUAUGGUCUCACUACGCUCAGAUUGCUCUACGAAAGCCGACACGCAAAGACGAUGGAAUCACAUUCCGAGGCGAAGACAUGGAGGUUCUCAAGAUUGUCUGCAGUCCUUUCUUCUUCUCGACCCACCGCCACCCGAGGAGAAGAAACUACGCAGGAGAGAAGAAAUCGCAGCAGAUUCGGACAUUCCCAAUCGACACCGCCUACGACGUGAAAAAGCUCCGCGAUUUUCCUCCGGGACUCUGGCGCUACUCCUUGCAAUGGACGGAUGAAACUUGUACAGGGGUAAAGCUGAUACGAGAGACGAAGGAUCCUGGGUGCUUCCGGUAUCGAUUCGUCGAUGAAACGGUCGAGCCUGUCUACUUUGACAAGAGCGAGAAUUGUACACAUUUCGGCGAGCAAUGGCAAGACGAUGAAGACGAUGACGAUGGCGACGAGCAAGAUGAAUAA